AUGUGGCAUCCUAACCAGAACUUAAAAGAGGACGCGCCGUGCGAGGUGUGCGGGGCGCUGGCCGCGCGCCGCUGCGCCUCCUGUCGCCUCGUCGCCUACUGCGGCCGCCAGCACCAGAAGGAGCACUGGCCGGCGCACAAGGAGCUGUGCCGCCCCUUCCAGGCGGGGGCGCUGCUGCUGGCGGAGGCGCCGCUGGUGACGGGGCCGCGGCUGCGCGAGCCGGCUGCGCUCUGCCCCGGCUGCCUGCGCGCGCCCGACCCCUCGGGGCUGGCCCGCUGCCCGCGCUGCCUGCUCGCGCUCUGCAGCGCCGCCUGCCCCGCGCUCAAGGCGCACCAGCCCGAGUGCGCGCGCCGCCACCCGCAGCGCUGGGCGCAGCUGCUGCAGCUGGAGGCGCACCAGGACAAGCGCGGCCCGGGCACCGACGCAUACAGGGAGCUGCGCUCGUCGGUGGUGGAGCCGCUGCGCAGCCGCUUCCUCAGCAAGCUGCCCCCGGACGCCCUGCCCGACUGCUCCGAGGCCACGCUGCACCGCGUCUGCGGCAUCCUCGACGUCAACGCCAUGGAG